UGUGUCUUGUUGAUGAAGUCGCUGGAGUGUUUGAAGAUCGUAAAUUAUAGUGCAAUUGCUGUGCGAAAGUAGUGAAUUUGUUUGAAAUUAAUUUAAAUUCCGAGUACGGACAGUCAAUAUUUUAAAAUAUUGUAGCUACAAGUGGCGGACAGUGAAUAUUUGAUUAUAAUACGUGAGUCGUCUCAGUAGAAAGGCAGCAUUUCUUAAGAUAAUUUGCUUGAAGUUCACUCGGUAAACAACACAACAGAAUAGCAAAGUGGAAAAGAAAGCAUUAUGAAACCGCACAUCAAUGACAACAUCGCAUUUCCUAUACCAGCCCAACAGAGACCGAAACUGUCUGGAAUGGAAUUUUACACGAAAACUUUGGGAGCGCCAAAAUUGGUGGUAGCUCCAAUGGUGGACCAAAGUGAAUUAGCAUGGAGAUUAUUAUGUCGACGUCAUGGGGCUCAAUUAUGCUAUACGCCGAUGUAUCACAGCAACAUUUUUAUUCAAGACAUCAAGUAUCGCCAGCAAGCAUUACAAAGUUGCCCGGAGGACCGUCCAUUAAUCAUUCAAUUUUGUGGUAAUGACCCAGAUAUCAUUUUGGAAGCAGCACUUUUGGCUCAGGAUCACUGUGACGCAAUUGAUAUUAAUUUGGGAUGUCCACAAGCAAUUGCGAAACGAGGUCAUUAUGGAUCAUUUCUUCAGGACGAAUGGGAACUGUUACAUAAUAUCGUGUCAACACUUCAUACGAAAUUGCUGGUGCCUGUAACAUGCAAAAUUCGAGUUUUCGACGAUGUGGAUAAAACGAUUCGUUAUGCAAAAAUGCUGGAAAGUGCCGGCUGUGCGAUGUUGACUGUGCAUGGGCGAACUAGAGAGCAGAAAGGACCGUUAACUGGAUUAGCUGAUUGGAAUAUCAUACGAAUUGUUCGAGAGAACAUAUCGAUUCCAAUGUUUGCGAACGGCAACAUAUUGUCCAUGGAAGACAUAGAUCGAUGCAUCGAAGCAACUAAUGCGAAUGGAGUUAUGACAGCGGAGGGAAACUUACACAAUCCAUGCUUUUUCGAACGAGUUGUGCCAUUAACAUGGGACGUGGCGUCCGAGUAUAUUGAUUUGGUCGAACAGUAUCCCUGUCCGGUGUCCUACAUCCGAGGUCAUUUAUUCAAACUAUUUCAUCAUUUAAUGAAUUUAAAAACCAAUUCCGAAAUAAGAGAGGCUCUGGCUGUGGCGAAUAAACCAAAUGAAUUCCGUGACGUCAUCAAAACUUUGGAAGACAAAUUCUUACCAUUUCACCUGGGUGACAAAGUGUACUCGGACGAGCCGUGUAGCUAUGAUACGGAAUUUCGAACGGAGGAGAUCUCUUUCAACCUGACCCUUCCACCAUGGCUUUGCCAACCGUACAUUCGUUUGGAGCCGAACGAACACAAACGUAUUCAGGCCGAAAAAUUCCGAAAGGCCAUCGAUCCGGCCACAGUUAAGCGAGAAUUCUUCGAUUCGGAUGGAAAUAAAAUUUCCCGGAAAUUGUCCAAGAAGCUGAAACGGUUAAAUCGACGGCCGUUACAACGUACAGCCACGACGAAAAGAGACCGGAAUUUGGAGCUUUGUUCCAUCGAUUUAAUCAAUCCGGUGGGUCUCAAGUGUGUGUUCAAAUUGUGCAAAAUCUGCUGUCGGGAUAAGUGUUAUACAGAGAAUAUCGACUGUGUUGGACAUAAGUUUCUUAUAGAGAAGAGACGUGCUUUUAAGGAGAAUAACAGCAAAACGGAGCUGCCCAAUUGUGCAUAGGAAAAUAACAUAAUUUUUUAACAUCAGCGUCGCACUACACUAGUAGUGACAAGUUUUAACCGAUAAAGGAUUUACGUCUUCUAUUCAAUUGACUUGAAUAGACUCAUCAUUUGUACAGUAAAAAAACGGCCGUGUUCAGGACAAGCAACUUCAAUUGAUUUUUUGGCUGUGAAGAACUUCUUUUGAAUUCUAACGGAAGUGAGCGAACAAUGAUUUCUUUUACUGGAAAUUCAGAACAACUCAAAGCUCUUCAAUGAUGACAAAAGUCGCAUACGUUGUCUUGUGUGAACACGGCAAAGAACGAAGUAGAUUCGGUCUAAUAAAACCAAUUUUGUUAUUUUGAA